UAGCUCGAUCGACGGGAUAUUUUAAAGAGCUAGAAUUGAUUCCCAUCAGUUUUCCAUAAGUUGUUUAGCGUUUCACUAGUCGAUAAGAGAGACUAUCAAAUAUAAUUUUCAAAGAAAACGUUAAAUAUUUUAUAAACGUUGCUCUGACGGUAUUGGCUAUCAACAGAAAGUUUAGAGAAGAGAAAGAGCAUUGCGGAAACGUUGUAGAAGCGUUUAAAAUCUAAGAGGAAUAGAAUCGAGAAAGAUCGUCUACAAGGAACGAGGAUAAAGAUAUGGCCUGUCUUAAAAGGCCACCGUUCACUACUCUGAUCGUUUACCUCGUCUACCUCCUGACACUCUUCGGUUCCUACUGUCAGAUGGCGCCAGCCGUAGCCAGUGCCAUCAAAGGUUGGGAUGUCGGAAGUGGCCUGAAAUACCAGCUAACUACAACAGUUUUGUUCAGAGAAUCUGGACCCUCCAAGUUUGCCGGUGACGUUGGCUUUCAAUUAACUGCCGAGCUCGAUGUGUCCGCUGUUUGGAGGGAUCCCAACGAUCCAGAAUCUUUUCUUUUGAAUAUCGAGAUUUCAUCGCCGCAAUUAUUGAUUAAAUCGCGAAAAGCACCAGAACCGGAGGGUUUCGUAGAACAUUCCUCAAGAGUCAAUGAAAUAUCUCAAAAGCCUGUAAUCGUUUUGUGGAAAAAUGGUGAAAUUAAAGCGCUCUAUUUGGAUACGUCCGAGCCGGUGUCAUCGAAGAAUCUGAAACGUGGCUUGGCGAGUAUUUUUCAAUACAAAACUCUCGACGAUGAGAUACGCGAAAAGGAUGCAUCGGGUGUUUGCACGGUUUCUUACGUUUCUUUGGGACCGAAAACCAUACUGAAACGUAAACACAAUUGUAAAAUCAACACUAACGCUUUACCGGCAAAGAAACAACAUCCUAAUUCUAUUCUCGAUGUGAACCUUGUUAGUUAUCGUAAUGUUACGUACGAUUUGUCGCCAUUUUUAUUACCAACGAUUAUAAAGGAAGAGGAAGAACACCAGUUGACUUUGGUGACCAGACCGGAAGUAGGUAGUAUGGUUACGUCGAAGAGAUUAUUAGUAGAGAUUCCAAAAGAUACCAAGGUGGCACAUUUAGAGGCAAAUUCCGUUAAACACGCUGUGGCUCUUCUUCAACCUGGUUACAGAGAAACUGACAUAGAACUGGAAUUGGAACCCUUUACUUGCCCAGAAUCUGGAUGUCCAAUGUUGGAACAAAUGGUCGAAGAUUAUCGUGAGUCUUUAAAUAAUGCGGCUUUGGGAACGACGAAAUCCGCAUCGGCUUUUUUGAAGCUGUUACCUCUAGUCAAACGAACGUCCACCGAACAAUUAGUAAAAUUAUUAAAGAGUCCACGUUAUCGACAGCUGAAGACGCAACUUUUGGACCUUUACGGCUCGACCUCGACGCUAGCAGCACAUCAAGCUGCUAUGAAGAUACUCAGGCAAGAUGAGACAGGCGAUGAUACUGAGAGAUAUCUUUGGGCCUUGUCCAUGUCUCCAACUCCGGAUGCUGAUAUAGCCAAGGAUAUUCUUAGGCGAUCGGAAGAGACCAUGCAAAAUGAUAAACUAUCGGAAACGUACGCUUUAACAGCAGCAGCGAUUGCAAGACAUUGCGGAACCUCGGCUGUGAUAGAAAAGGCACGAUUUAGUUUAGAAUUAGGUUUAGAUAGUUGUACGGGAGAAGAAUGUAAGAUAAAGUUUCUACGAGCUCUUAGAAAUUUAAAGAGUAAGGAAGCCAUUCCAAUACUUUUAAAAUACGCCGAAGAUAAGAGUUCUGCUACAAGUAUCGUAGCUUGGCGUGCAUUAGCAGCACUACCACGUGAAGAUAUAACGUCCGACGUUAAGGAAGCUGCAUUUAAGACGUUUUAUCAGAUCGGUAAAUCUAAGAGAGACAGCAGCGCUCGUACUCUCGCAUUGGAUAUCAUUCUAGAAAGUGGACCGUCCAAGGAAGAACUUCGAGAACUCGUCGAGUCUUUAGCCAGUAACGAUCUGGCAUACGAGAUACGUAAAUAUAUGAGUCAACGUUUUGAACAAUUAUCUGAAAAAAAUCAAACGUUCGCACGUAAUCUGAAAGAGAAUUUCGAUGAACUUCGAGGGAAGGUUAACAAUUAUCAUGUGUUAGCUCAAAAAGGAUUGAGUACGGCGUUUUCACGAAGUUUCUUGAAAUCAAGGGGUAGUAAUGGAUCUCUCGUAACCAUUCAAGAAAUAAACGCUGGAUUAUUGAAACGUGGUAUAGUAAACGUGGUAUUGGAAACCGGUGAACACGAAGAGACAAUGUUUUCUCUUGGUCUUUUCGCUCGUGGUCUUGGUAAUUUCGUUUCUUCGAAUCAAGAUGAGAAUGCAGACGCCGACGACGAAACAGCUACAGCUGGAAUGGAGAUCGAUUUGUUAGGUGUCGGUAUAAGGCCUUUCGUGUUCUUCUCAGGUCAAGGAGAAUUGAUGGGACACGUUUGGUCCGGAACGGCAUCCGAAAGAACGCCAGCUUUCCAAGCGAUAACAUCUCUGCACAGUCACAGCGAGUUCAUACCACUUACAGCUGGUUUCGUAAACGAGAUGGAUGUUCAAGGUGCCAUGAGUUUCGAUCUUGCCGGACAAAUUCAAUUGAGUCUUUGGUCGAGAAACGCUCAUUCCUUGGUAGACAUGAGUGCUGGUAUCGUAAUUCAAGGUGGUAGCAAGUUGCGUUCGAAUUUCGUCCAAAGCAUGACAGAAUAUUCGUUGACAAUGGAACCGAAAUUGGAGCUAACCACCGACGUAGAUUUUUCGGGUCAAGUCUCGCUUUGCAUGAGACUCAGCCAACCGGACACAUUGAUCAAACAACAGAUCUACAAAAUCGAGAGGAUACCCAACAGCAGGCACAGAUUACGAAAAACGCGAAGAAUAAAACUCUUCUCCCCUGGCAGAUCGUACCUGCUUAACAGAAAGAACAACGAAAUGUGUUCUAAAGUGUAUAGCUAAGAAAUAAUCUAUAAAUCGAAAAUCGAAAUGAAGACUUUACAUCGACGAUGAUGUCGCGCAAUAGGAUAUUUAAUUCACACGAACAACAAAGAGACUAAAGAUUAUUUGUAUGUAUAUGAUCGUGUGCGCGCGUGCGCGUAAGUUAACCCUAUCCUUUCUUGUUUUGUUUUCUACUGUUCGUCGUCCGCCAAGGAUGCUAUUUAUAAACGUGACAUGUUUGUAGAUAAGGGUUAAAAUUUUAUUAAUAAAAAAAAUAUCUAAAGUUAUAA